CAAGUGUUUAUGUAAAUGAAAUAUAUUUCAAAUGAACGGAAGUGUCGGCCUUAAGUUUUAUGUAUGAUUUAUUCAAGCCCUUGGAUAAAUUUAUUUUUGCUCAUGGCAAUUAAAAUGGUGCUGUGUGGGGCAGUGGCGGGCGCAGACGAGUACCUGGGCGCCGUGGCGGGCAACGCGAGCCGCGUGCGCCGCGCGCCCGCGCACCACAAGUACACCGCCUCCAUGACGGAGGAGGAGAUGGAGGCGACGUCGUGGAAGCGGUCGCACUGGCGUGAGAUGCAGGCCAUCCUGCGGCGCGAGGGCGCCGCUCGCGACGAGGUCGAGUGCUGCCCCUCCGUCGUGCAGAUGGUGGAGACGAAGGGCGGCAAGACGCCAACCGGUCUUUACGUCGAGCUAUACAAGGACGGCGAGAACACUCAGCGGCUGUACGAGCUGUCGUGCGCGCCCGGCGUCAAGGACAUGCCGUGCCGCUUUGUCGACUCGCGGCUCUACAACCACUCCAAGUGCGUGCAGAAGUAUUCGUACUCGUACGCGCUGGUGCGGUACACGACUGAGGUGCCGCACAGGCAGCGCAACGAGGGCCACUUCUCCGUGCCCGGCGGCUGGUCAAUGGACUACGUGAUAGUGCGCGCCGGCUGCGAGUGCCAGAUCAAGCCGCCGCGCAAGGCAGCGCACCGCAAGCGUCUCGAGCGCCACCGACAGAGGAGGAAGAACCGCCGCCAAGAGGAGGACGAUGACACUUGACGCGCAGUGCACAGCGCAGUGCAGUGCAGUGCAGCACAGCGUAGUGCAGUGCAUAGUUCAGUGCAGCGCAGUGCAGUGCAGUGACACAGUUCGUAAGGACAUUGAACAAAUUGUAUUUAGUUUAGUUAUCAGUGUUGUGUCGUAUCGUUUCGAUAUUGUCUUCGCACGUAGCUAUUUUACAUCAUCGCGAUAAUUUUUUACAAGUAUCUUAAAUAUCGCUUAUAUGCCUGCUUAAUUACUUCCAUAGUCCAAAUUCAAGCAGUCUUCAGGUAGUGUGAUCGUUAGGUCUGUUACCGAUAUUGUCGAAUAAACCACCGAAAUGUACUCACAUAAUUCAAUUAAGAUCCUUCAUCUUCAAUCGAACCCUUGACCUCACAAUUUAUAGGCAUUUAAAUCCAAAACAGUAAACUCGCACGUAGACAUAAUAACGACUAUAGAUACGUCACAACAUAAAUAAUCCCACGUUACCGAUGCCGAGUCAGGAGCCGCUAUCGGUUGAUGUAUUUCAAUGUAUUUAUUUUCGGAACUCAAGUCUAUUCUAUUACGCUUCUUAGCUCAUAACCACGGCCGUGCCUUAUCGCCUGCGCCUUUACACCAACAUUGCCAACAUUACUAAAUCGCAUUAAUUCUAUUCAAGAUCGCACGUAAAAUACGCCGCCAAUUUAUUUUUAGAUUAUACUAAAAUACAAUUCAUAAUUAUGUAUCAUUUACUGUAAACUAUUAAAUAUUCAAAAAUACAGCAG